AUGGGCAAACUAGCUUAUCCCCUCGAUCCCAAACUUACAAGCCAGGAUCGUAUCGUGCUGAAUAUUCUGCAAAAAGAAUAUGAGCUGCACGGAGACCAUGGGAACGGAUCGCCGUCAGAUGCAGGGGAUGAUUCUGACGACUCUGGCACCAAACAUUCCAAACCCGUAAUCCCAUCACCAGAAGACCUCCAAGACCAGCAACAACAAGCAAUUGCUUAUUUCAAAAAGCUCAAUGAUCCAAAGUCUGACAGCUUUGAACCCACGGUAUUCUGCACGUAUGAUGAGCCAGACAUCAAGAAUCCUCUUCUUCGUAAAUGGAUUAUCGAUCCCUACAUCCGCUGGGCCAAGAAGGUGGUUCGUGUAGAGACAGAUGUUGUAAUGGUUACGCAUCUGCUUCUUUACUUUUGCACCAGCGUCCCAUCAGCUAUUUACCUAUAUGUCAACUUUCAUUGGUGGCAUGCUGUACUUCAUUGUGUCAUGCAAGGCACGUACAUGGGUCCAUUCACUCUCCUCAAACACCAACAUAUCCACAUGCGGGGUGUACUCAGUCCCAAUUAUAGCCUGUUUGAUCGGAUCUUUCCAUACAUUUUAGAUCCGCUGAUGGGCCAUACCUGGAACUCGUACUACUAUCAUCACGUCAAGCAUCACCACGUGGAAGGCAACGGUCCUAAUGACCUUUCUUCAACUAUCCGGUAUCAGCGAGACAGCCUCUGGGACUUCAUGCAAUAUGUCGGCCGCUUCUAUUUCUUCAUUUGGUUCGAUCUGCCCAUGUACUUUAUCCGCACACGCAAGCCCAACCUUGCACUUCAAGCAGGUGUGUGCGAAUGGAGCAACUACCUCUUCCUGUACCUCAUGUACAACUAUGUCAGUGCCCGCUCAACAAUUUUCGUCUUCUUGAUCCCUCUCAACUUCAUGCGAGUGGCUCUUAUGACGGGCAAUUGGGGCCAGCACGCCUUUGUCGACGAAACCGAACCGGACUCGGACUUUCGAUCAAGCAUAACGCUUAUCGACUCAGUAAGCAACAGAGACUGCUACAAUGAUGGCUAUCAUACCUCUCAUCACCUCAACCCGCUCCGUCAUUGGCGCGAUCACCCCGUCGCCUUCCUGUCUCAGAAAAAGCAGUACGCCGACGAACACGCAAUCGUAUUCUACAACAUUGACUACUUCUUCCUAACAAUCAACCUCCUGAGAAAGAACUACGAGCACAUCGCCAAGUGCCUGGUCCCCAUAGGCGACCAGAUGAACCUCACGCUCGACGAGAAGAUUGCGAUGCUAAAGCGCAAGACGAGACGAUUUACGGAAGAAGAGAUUGCAGAGAAGUGGGGGAAGCAAUUUGCAAAGUCAAAGUAG